UGAAUGGGUUGAUUGUAACAAGUCUGGCAGUUGGAGUAGAGGGUACCAGUACAGUAACCAUACAUUGGGUGGAUCCAUCCCCUGGGAGUGACCAGGUCAAUAGGUACGAGGUACACUGGACUCCACCAUUAUCUAACGGAACAGGAAACUACGAUGCUGGAAAGGCCACGUCAGUCAGACUGACAGGAUUUGUAUCAGGACAGCAGUAUACUUUCUACGUCAAAAGUAUUGAAACUGGAAGUCGUGCCACUCAACAGGAAGUACAGACAAGUGACAAAACUAUCACCAUUAAACCAUCUACACCAUCAGGGUUUACAGCGACAGAUGUAGACGGUCCUCAGAUAACAUUAUCCUGGAGCCUUCCUAGUGGUAUUAAAACUAGUUAUGACGUCACAACGACACCGGUACUUAGUCCCACCACCACAUCUACAGAAUCUAUAACCUAUACAGUUAAUGUACUAGACGGACAGCGAUACAACAUCUCUAUAACCACUGUCAGUGGUAGUGAGCGGAGUGAUCCUCUGUUAGCUACAUUCAGGACAGUAUCCAAAACUCCAAAUCCUCCUACGGGAGUUGGUUGUAACGUUAACCUCAUUACAGAUCAAACCAUCACUCUGACCUGGACAGCUCCAGUGUAUCCGAACGGAGACAUUCAACACUAUAUAGUCAACAGUAAUACAACUACUGCUAUGUUUCCCACGUCAACAAACCUGACUGAGUUUACGGUUGAUGGCCUAGUGCCAGAAACCAGUUAUGUAUUCAGUGUGGCUACAGUCAAUGAUGCAGUGAUGCCACAUUCCAACCUAAGUCAAUACAGCUCACAGAUGGGAUGCCCAACAAAAGCCGCUAUGUCAUUGAAGCCGAGCACCUUGGUUGUAUCACAGGAACAGAGUCGACAGUUUACCCUGAACUGGGCCAAGCCUACCGUUACCAAUGGUGAUCUUCGAGGAUACAGACUCACAGUGUUGGACGGGAGCACGUGUGUCCAGGAGGUCAUCUUUACGUGUACUACAUGUCCAGGGUAUAUGGCUUUCCCCUUUAAAUGCCAUGAAGCGGUCAGACAAACAGUGACAAUUCUACCUGCAGACUUAGAUAGUUACACCUACACUGUCGGGAACCUCCUACCAUAUAUCAACUACACAGCCAGUGUGGUAGCUGUUAAUGCAGCAGGAGACGGUCACCCUAACACACAAUAUGCCAUGACAGACCAGGAAGUUCCACAGCAUCCUACCACCUUGACAGCUACUGUUGUGAGUAGCACUAAAAUAAAUGUGAACUGGGACAUCAGUGAUCCAAAGCCUGGACCUACCACCUAUACAUUGUAUAUCAUAGCGGUAGCACCGGAGUCAAGUCGUACACAAACCAUACCAGGGUUCUCAGUCAGAUCAUACAAAGUGGUAGGACUACAGGAAUACAGAACUUACACGUUCAAUCUGACAGCCUCUACUGCAAAGGGGUUGGCUGUAUUUCAACAGGCACUGCCAUCUGCAAAAACACUUGCUGCAGCUCCAGGUGCAGUGAGUAACUUUAUGGUAGCUCGCCCCGAUGGACCGAAUUACACAACUGUGAGGGUAUCCUGGGAACUUCCAGCGGUAUUGGAGAGAAACAGUGACAUCAUCAAGUUCAUGUUCUUACACAACACUUCUGAAGGGAACUUAAAUGCUGUUCCAGAAGAAGUACCGAUAGAUACUAAUUUAAAUACUGUAAUAAGAAAUCUAGCAGUUUUACCACAUAAUACCUACUACAUUGAGGUGUAUGCUGUAGGUACUAACUCUAAUGGAGAUGUUUAUAAUGGGAUCAAAAGCAUCAAUACCUAUAUAGCCCCUGCAGGACUUGCAGCCCUGUCUGAGGUGUGUGGUAUUGGUUCCUCGCCUGUAGAUUGUCAGAACGUCGUUACAUCAUCUUGUACAGCCAGUAACACACAGGGAGUAACUGUGUGCAGGUGUAACCUGGGACACUUUGACAGUAAUGGUUACGACGUACCUGGUGGCACUUGUGUUUCAAUGAGCACUGUCAGGGUAAACGGUGUGACGUCAUCAGGUGCCGUUGACACUAGUACAGCAACAAUCAGCUGGGUCCCUCCGCCUGAUCAAAGCCACGUGUCGAGAUAUACGGUGGUGUGGCGAGUCAGUGGUUCGACUGCAAUAGAUGGAUCAUUCAAUGCUGGAAAGUCAAAAUAUGCUAGUAUAACCGGGCUGGAACACGACACCACAUACGUGUUUACUGUCAAAACUGUGGAAACCGGAAGUCGGAUUGAACCUCAGGAUAUCGAAUCUGACGCUUCCGUCACAAUUACGACGAACACGAGCAUCACACCCUGGGUAGCUGUCUUCGUCGUAGCACUUGUACUCAGCAUUCUCUUUUUCGUGACGUCAGUGUACUUUUGGAAUCGAUCCCGACGAACAGAAGGUAAAGCUACAGAUGAAUCUCAUUACGCAACGCCAUCAAGAAUAUACAACAACUCAGACAUGCAUCUCUAUAACCUCACAGCGGACGAAAGGCAGGUGAUACAGAAUGAACAAUCACAGACACAGACUGCAGACUACAAAAAUGUUAAUAUCUACGACACAGCCCCGUAAAUGAUUCGAUACAUCUGGUUUGCCACUAUUUCAACGAAAUGUUGUAACAGUAGAUACGUUUGUAGCUAUUUGCUACUUUGUACUGAGACUUCCAAGUACUGCAUAUCUAUUCAAAACUAUUUGUAGAACGGAAUCUCAUGUGUUAUGGUCACAUAAAAUAUAUUGUUGUCAAGUACUUGCAUUUCUUUUCACGACUCUAAACAAACCAGUAAACUACAUGGGUAUAGCAAUCAGAUGUUCAAUUUGUAAUUUUUUAACCAUAUUUAAAAUAAUCAAUGAAUGUCAGCUUGGGUUCUGUAAAAAAACGUAUAUUUAGGAUCUCGGAUCACUUUUGUUUUAAAAACCAUUAUUGAUAAAUAUACAAAACAAGAUACAAAAAAAAAGUUCUUUUUUAUAGCUAACAAUAUGUGAAACCUUAUGGUUGUUUUGAUAAUGUUUAAAGAACUUUUGAUAGGGACAUCAGUAUUCUGGUAUUGAACUUACACUUAUUUUCAACACAACAUAUACACAUUACUCAUAAAUAAACGAAUAAAUUACAUAAGGACACAAAAAGGUGGGUACCAAAAAAUCUCAAAUUUAUUCAUUUUAUACCUGAAAACGUAUGGAAGAUUAUGAUUUGUUAAUAGUAGAAACAUGUAAUGCCUGACGAAUGUAAUGAUAAUGUGCUGGUAUCCACUUCUAAAGUUUGACUUCAGGAGCAGUUUCGUAAACUGAAAGAAUAACUAUGAUCACUGGUGCCUAGAUAUCAAUACUCUUAAACACCAGAUAAUAAUAUAUAUUUAUAUUUCUACUGAACCUGGCUUCAAUAUACCUUGCCAAAGAGUUUGGGGUUUAUUUUUCCAUAAACUUUCCUGUUCGUGUAUUAAUAUGUCAGAAAAUGAAUGCGGGAAGUAGAAGUUUCCGAUUAAAAUAGCUCCUUAUUGACAUGUUACACUUUAUAUAUUUUUUAGCGUUGUAAUAAAUGCAAAACAGUUAUAAGUGUUACCAUGAAGACGACGCAACUAGGAGACCUCGGCACCCUUUGGAGUUUAAGACAUACAUAUGUUUGAUAUUUCGGAAAUGAUCACAAUAUUAUCAAAAUAACACUGAAUGUUAAUAUAUAAGGAUGUAAUCCUAUUUCUGAAUAUAAAUUAUAUAACAAAUUGAUAUUUUGUUAUCUAAAAUAUUAAUGUUAUCAAUAUAAUUUCCGAGUUUAUGGUAUCGGCAUCAUCUUUGCAGACGGAAAUACAUGUAAACUACAAAUAGUAGGAUUAUCGCCCUUGUAAUGGGUCACCGUUGUUGUCGGUACAAAUAUUCCCCAUAUUUAGUUGUUAAAAAUGUUAACUUUUGAAAUACUCAUUUUGUAUAAAUGAAUGCUGUUCUGAUCGCGUGUCUGUGAUUGAUAAGACAACGAUUGAUUUUGUUGGGACCAAAGUGGAUGAAACCCAAUCAAAUUAGUCAAUAUGUGUUAAUAGGUAUUAACAGGGGUCAUAUACGUGUACGGUUCCAUUGGGCUGGUUGAGAUAAGGAUUUCAAUAAGAUACCCCUCAACAAGGAGUUGCGCUUACUUACGCUGUGCAAAUAGCGUAAAUAAGUCUAACCCCUUGAGUAUCAGUGAUGAUUGAGAUAUGUUAUUGAACCCAUCUAGAUUUGGUGCUACACAUCAUUAUUCAUUAUAAACAAAUGUUCGUUAAAUGGAGAAGACUCGAGCGGAAUUUUCACAACUAAUUUUUGUAAUUUAACACCGAUUUACCGGAAAUUUCUUUGCUUUGAUAUUUAAUAUUUCAUUGUACUUUCAAUCAUGUUUUAUUAUCGCCAAUUGUGUUAAGUAACUAACUUACCAGCAUUUUAAUCAAUUGAAAUAUUUGUCUGGAAUUAUUAACCCUCAGGUAUAAAGUGGGAGGAUUUUUAAUUGUAGUGUCAGUGGUCACAGGAAGGACUACAGCGUUAAUAAACUCAGUUGUUUGUUAUACCUGAUUACUAAAGUAACAAACCGUAGUGUUCUUUCUGAUAAGAGAAAAAUUGUAGAGGUAAUACCAGAUUGGGAUUGACUUGUGAGGUGUCAGUCCAGAAUGGAGUAAAUAGUACUGUGGGCGUAAAAUGAGGAAAGUGACGAGAGCGACUUUUUUAUGUUCUGCUGGAUCAUUUUAUAAUCCCGACGUAAACGCAACUCCAUCACUGGAUACUAUUAACAUAAAGAACAUGUGUUAUUAUAACCUGGUGCAUUUUGAAGUUUGCUUUGUUUCAUCUGGUGUCAUUAUAUUAAUUGAAUUGUAUUUAUAAAAUGUAUAUUUGUUAACUGUACAAUUUAAUUUUGUGAUGUUGUGUUACAUUAAAAGAGGUUUAUAACAUUACUAUGCGGGGUCACACAAUAUCGUUUUCAUAAAGGAUUUCUGUAAUUACUUUACAGAGUUAUAAUGUUUUUUAUACAAUUUAUAAAAUCACUCCGCAGAGAAAACGAAAUUAAAUCAUUACUGUGCAUAUGUAUUGUGUUAUAUGUAUGCUGAACAAAAAAAGAAACGCACAUUUAAAUUAUGCAAUCAAUAGCCUAUGAU